GACGGCGGCGACUGCGGCUGCGAGGCCUGGCCCCUCGCGCGGGGCCACGCGGGCGGCCGCGGCGCGCCGGCGCCGUCCGUCGACGUGAGCCGGCAAGCGACGCGCGGCGGCCGCGCGGCGACGCGGCAGACCCACGUGCCGGACCGCCACCUCCGGGGCCUGCUGCCCGACGCGCUCCUCGACGCCUACGCCUUCUGGCGCAACGCCGACGACGCGUCGCUCUGCGGCUACGCGCGCGCGGCGCCCGCGGACGCCGUCGUCGUCGUCGCGCUCGACGGCGCGCCGGCGCGGCCGCGCGUCGUCAUCGUCGACUUCGUGGGCGCCGCGUCCCCAAACGAGCGACAGCAAGCCUCUCGUUUGGCCAUGGCGUGCCUGACGCACGUGCGCCGCAAGGGCGUCCGCAGCAUUCUCCAGGACGUUGAGGCGCACCCGGCCGACGUGGAGCUCAGCGACGCCAUGGAGGCCGCGCUCUGGUGCACGGUCAUCCGUUUGCCCGCCCUCCUCCUCUGUAAUCCGCAAGCGGCGGUCGGGCCGCUCUUCUUCGCCAUGUUCCGCGAGGACUACUCCGCGCGGCGCUUCCUGAUCUUCAAGGACCGCAUCGAGCGCGAGGCGCUGCUCCGCGCCGUCGACGUCCAGCGCUCGGCGCUGCGCUCGGUGCUGCGCCGCAUCGAGGACGCGGCGCCGCAGGAGAAGCCCCUCGUCGAGUUGACCCAGGAGGAGCGCUACAUGCUCCACGCGCACGUCGAGACCCUGACCACGGGAAAGGAGCUCAAGGCCUGCUGCGUCGCGUUCGGCUUGCCGCCCGGCGGCGCCACGUACGCAACGUGCGUCGCGUUCGGCUUGCCGCCCGGCGGCGCCACGUACCCCUUGGUCAAGCUCGCCGCGCAACUCAAGGCCUUUCGCCUCUGGCUCGUCGCGGCCCUCGCGGCGCGAUGCUCCGCGGAGCUCAGCGCCAUCGCCGUCGAGUCCGCGGAGACGCUCACGGUGAAGAAGUUCCGGGCGCGCUACGUGCGCCACCAGCUGCCCGUGAUCAUCCGCCCGUCGCUGAACGCGCCCAACUGGACCCACCUCGACUUCAAGCGCAUGUGCGGCGCGGGCCCCAUCACGCGCUACGAGGUGCAGCCCGAGCUGAACCAGUGGGGCGGCCUGGGCGUCGGCGUGCCCAUGGAGCUCGACAAGAUGAUCGAGGAGCUCUACGCGAAGAACGUGCGGACGUACUACGGCUUCGGCUUCGACCUCAAGUGCGGCUGCCCGCCCUUCACGGAAAAGGCCGAGCUGCUCAAGGUCUUCGAGGAGGAUCGGUACAAGCACUCCGAGUUCGGCAAGUCGAACUGGCCCGAGCUCAUCGUCGGCUCCAGGGACUCGUUCACGGCGCUCCACGUCGACAAGGGCAUGAUGCCCUUCUGGCUCAAGCUCAUCGAGGGCGAGAAGGAUUUUCGCGUCGUCCCCCUGCCGGAGUGGCGCGGGAAGCUCGACGGCGCCGACGACGCGGGCGCGCCCUUCGUCGGCGGGCCCUUCCCGUCGCUGAAGGCGCCGUUCGACGCGUUCGACGACGCGCUCGUCGAGCGCAGGUGGAUCCAGGAGCGCAACGCGUCGGUCUACGCGGGGACCAUGGAGGCCGGCGACUGGAUGUACAUCCCCGUGGGCGCCUUCCACGGCGCGAAAAACAACCUGCGGACGCCGUCCGUGUCCAUGAGCGGCAACUACUGGGACAAGACGCACCGGAGGCAGAUCCUCGAGAACUUCUGCGAGCCCAUG